AGCCGCCCCUCACAUCGCGUUGUAGUCGCGUUCCCCAAAACCCAAACGCCCGCUUGGACUCCAGAACCAUGUGACUUGCACCGUCACGUGAUCUCCUGACGUCAAGAAGGUGCUUGCCAAGAAGGAGAACUAGCUGCUCCCGAUAGAACUGCCCGUUACCGGGCGGCGUUUAUCGGCUCAGCUUGUCUGGAGGCUCCGCAUUACCGGGGAGGACCGGGGGUGUCCACCGCACAGCUGAGAGAGAAAACAAUUGGGCAGUGUUCCAGCGGUGGCUGAUUUCCCCCUGAAGAAAAAAUGGCCUCCAUAUUGCUUAGCAGACAUGUAACGCAGACCUAUCAGCAAAACUCCAGAUUACUUGUACCAUGUUGCAGGUAUAUUAGUCAGGCUGCAGCCAAAAAGAAUGUUGAGUUUGAGUAUGACGCCCCAUUAAUGAAGACCGAGGUCCCGGGACCAAGAUCGAGAGAGCUGAUCAAGCAGCUGAACGGUAUCCAGAAUGCAGACGCUGUGAACUUUUUUUGUAAUUAUGAAGAAAGUCGUGGAAAUUAUCUUGUUGAUGUUGAUGGCAACCGAAUGCUGGAUCUGUAUUCCCAAAUAUCAUCCAUUCCUAUUGGUUAUAACCAUCCGGCCCUGAUAAAAAUCCUGCAACAGCCACAAAACCUGAGCACCUUUAUCAACAGACCGGCACUGGGUAUCCUGCCUCCGGAGAAUUUUACAGAGAAGCUGGAGGAAUCCUUGUUAUCUAUUGGACCAAAAGGAUUGUCACAAAUAAUGACAAUGUCUUGUGGCUCGUGCUCCAAUGAAAAUGCAUUUAAAUUAAUAUUCAUGUGGUACAGGAACAAGGAAAGAGGAAACAACAGGGCAACAAAGGAAGAGUUGGAGUCCUGCAUGGUGAAUCAGUCUCCAGGCUGUCCAGACUACAGUAUUUUAUCAUUUAUGGGAAGUUUUCAUGGAAGAACAAUGGGUUGCUUGGCUACAACACAUUCUAAAGCUAUACACAAAUUAGACAUUCCUUCUUUUGACUGGCCAAUUGCCCCCUUUCCAAGACUAAAGUACCCACUUGAGAAGUUUGCUAAGGAAAACCAAGACGAAGAGGCACGCUGUUUGGAAGAGGUGGAGGACCUGAUUGUAAAAUACAGGAAAAAGAAAAAGACUGUUGCUGGGAUAGUUGUGGAGCCCAUUCAAUCAGAAGGAGGAGACAACCAUGCGUCUGAUGACUUCUUCAGGAAACUGAGGACAAUUGCCAGAAAACAUGGUUGUGCAUUUUUAGUGGAUGAAGUUCAGACAGGAGGAGGAGCUACUGGUAAAUUCUGGGCUCAUGAACACUGGGGUAUGGAUGAUCCAGCUGAUGUGGUAUCCUUCAGUAAGAAAAUGAUAACUGGAGGCUUUUUCCAUAAGGAAGAACUACGGCCUGAUGCGCCAUACCGAAUUUUCAAUACCUGGCUUGGAGACCCCUCCAAAACACUCUUAUUGGCUGAAGUUAUAAAUGUCAUUAAGCGUGAAGACCUCUUAAACAACGCCGUUCAAGCCGGGAAAGUUCUUCUGGAUGGACUUCUAGAUUUCCAGGCCCGCUACCCGCAUCUUGUGAGCAGAGCCAGGGGCAGAGGAUCAUUCUGUUCAUUUGAUGCGCCAAAUGAUGACAUUCGAUCAAAGUUGAUAGCACAAGCAAGAAACAAGGGUGUCGUGCUAGGAGUUUGUGGGGAUCGCUCCAUACGGUUCAGACCAACCCUGGUUUUCAAAGAUCACCAUGCACACCUGUUCUUAAAUAUCUUCAACGACAUCUUGGCAGAUUUCAAGUAGAUUUGUAUUUCGCAUUAUUGCCUUAGCCCAAAGGAAAGAGGAGGUCACAAAAUAAGUUACGUUUAUUAAUCUCUACUACCAUAUACGCACAGUUCAGGUCUUACUACAAUGUAUGGAGAUUAUUUUAGCUCUUAAGCCAAAACCGUGUCUCCAUAAAAAGCCGUUUUAAUGUGCCACAAUAUAUAUUUUCAUAGGAAAACUAAUACUUUACCGUGUUCAGGGAUGUUAUGGAAUAUGACGUAAUGAAAUCUUAAUAUUGUUAAUUAUGGAACACUCAGACUGUGAAAUGAAUAUUAAUACUUUGAAAAUGUCCUAUCUGUGUUUGUGAUGUCUUGUAAUAAUAAUUAAAUAAGGAAUUUUGGGGCCCGCCCUAUACAUUGUAUUGUCGCCACAAUGUGAGCAUUUUGUUUGUGAGUUUACUUCCCUACACUUAUUUGGAUUUUAAUAAAUGGUUAGAAUAGAAAAUAUUAUACCUGUCUACAAGUUAAUGCUACCCCACAGCUACUAAUGUACCGGCUGUAUCUGCAUGUCAUUCUGUACAUAGAUAUUUCUUAGCUUUUAAGUAUAAUAUCAGAAAUAUUUAUGACAAGACAAUAUUUUAUGGCCACUUGAUAUGGUGUCUUCUAAGUCUUUUGUACACAUACAGUCAAGGCCGUUGUUGGCACCCCUGAAAUUUUUCAAGAAAAUGAAGUAUUUCUUACAGAAAAGCAUUUCAGUAACACGUGUUUUGCUAUACACAUGUUUAUUUCCUUUGUGUGAAUUGGAACUAAACCAAAAAAGGGAGGAAAUAAAGCAAAUUGGACAUAAUGUCACACUAAACUCCAAAAAUGGUCUGGACAAAAUUAUUGGCACCCAUAACUUAAUAUUUGGUUGCACACCCUUUGGAAAAAAUAACUGAAAUCAGUCUCUUCCUAUAACCAUCAAUAAGCUUCUUACACCUCUCAGCUGGUAUGUUGGACCACUCUUCCUUUGCAAACUGCUCCAGGUCUCUCUUAUUGGAAGUUGGUUCGAUAAUAAAUAAAUAAAACUUACAUCUUGUAUGCACAUCUCGAUAAAGAGCUCUGCCCGAGCUAGAAACACGUUGAAAGUGCUACUACUCUUCCUUUUAUGUAUAUGACAAUGAAAUAAAGAACACCUUUUUUAUGGGCGAAGCGCCUGCACUGGAGAAUUUUAUUUAUUUAUUAUUGAACCUACUGUUAUUUGCCGACUUCCUGAGAGGAUCGGGUACUCCAAGGCUGCUGACCCGCUAAAGUGACCUGCUGCUAUAGAUGUUAUGCUCUGAGCAUAACCAACUCUGGUGAGCGUAAUGGAUCUCCAGUUUCCUUUCUACCUGUCAAUCAUGAUAAUGCACUAGGUUUGCGCUCCUCCUUCUUUUGUCUUUCCAGUUGUACUCUCUUAUUGGAAGGGCGCCUUUUUCCAACAGCAAUUUUAAGAUCUCUCCACAGAUGUUCAAUGGGAUUUAGAUCUGGACUCAUUGCUGGCCACUUCAGAACUCUCCAGCGCUUUGUUGCCAACCAUUUCUGGGUGCUUUUUGACAUAUGUUUGGGGUCAUUGUCCUGCUGGAAGACUCAAGAUCUCGAACGCAAACCCAGCUUUCUAACACUGGGCUGUACAGUGCGACCCAAAAUCCGUUGGUAAUCCUCAGAUUUCAUGAUGCCUUGCACACAUUUAAGGCACCCAGUGCCUGAGGCAGCAAAACAACCCCAAAACAUCACUGAACCUCCACCAUAUUUCACUGUAGGUACUGUGUUCUUUUCUUUGUAGGCCUCAUUCCGUUUUCAGUAAACAGUAGAAUGAUGUGCAUUACUGAAAAGCUCUAUCUUGGUCUCAUCUGUCCACAAGACGUUUUCACAGAAGGAUUUUGGCUUACUCAAGUUCAUUUUGGAAAAAUGUCUCUGUGUCAGCAGUGGGGUCCUCCUGGGUCUCCUGCCAUAGAAUUUCAUUUCAUUUAAAUGUCAAUGGAUAGUUUGCGCUGACACUGAUGCUCCCUGAGCCUGCAGGACAGCUUGAAUAUCUUUGGAACUUGUUUGGGGCUGCUUAUCCACCAUCCACUAUCUUGCGUUGACACCUUUUUCAUCAAUUUUUCUCUUCAGUCCACACCCAGGAAGAUUAGCUACAGUUCCAUGGGUUGCAAACUUCUUGAUAAUGUUGCGCUCGGUGGACAAAGGCAAAUUUAGAUCUCUGGAGAUUGUUGAUAUUUUUCCACAAUUUUGAAAGGGUGCCAAUAAUUUUGUCCAGCCCACUUUUGGAGUUUGGUGUGACAUUAUGUCAAAUUUGCUCUUUUUCCUCCCUUUUUUGGUUUAGUUCCAAUACACACAAAGGGAAUAAACAUGUAUAUAGCAAAACAUGUGUUACUGAAAUCCUUUUCUGUGAGAAAUACUUCAUUUUCUAGAAAACUUUCAGGGGUGCCAACAUUUACGGCCAUGACUGUAUUACACUGAGCCAUAUAUACAGAUUAGUCUAGAUAGCAUUACACUUUACACACCAAUUUGAGUGUACGGCGCUGUGGAAUUUGUGUAUGCUAUAUAAAUAAAGAAUUAUUAUUAUUGAUAUGUAGAGUUUGGAGAAUGGACAAGGGAUUCAGUGUUUUAAAUCAUGUCAAUUGAGAACCUUUCUAGGUGUCAAUAUGAAGUCAGUCAUGUGUCCUCGAUGUAAAUUCCACCAAAGCAGGAUGCCUCUUCUAUAUAAGGCGGCCAUUUUUCUGCAUUUCUUAUUCUUUGCUGUAGGUUUUAUAUUUUUAAAAGUUUUUGAGACUUAAAGGGGUACUUCACAGGCCAGCGUUCAAAACUAAAUGUUCGAAAUGCUGUUUUUGUGCUGCGGGGGUCGUCCACACCCCUCGUGACAUCAUGACCACGCCCCCUCAAUGCAAGUCUAUGGGAGGGGCGUCACGCACCGUAAAAACAGCGUUUCUGAACAUCUAGUUCGAAUGCUGGCCAGUGGAGUACCCCUUUAAAAGGUGUCUAGAAGCAAAUUUGAUACACCACACCUUAUAAUACAUAACAGUGAUUAGUGGAACUGCUGAAAUAAAAAAAAAGUGAGGGGGGUCACAUUGUUUGUACAGAGGGGGUCUGUGCAUAUGCUGUCACUAUCCAUUGAUGCAGAUGAUGCUUAUACCAUUAACUUCAGAAAGGGAUGAUACAACCUAUUCUUUAAGAUCCCUUUUCAAUCUCUUUUCACUGGACUGGGACAGCAGCCGUAUCUUCCCAGUUCUUCAAAUUAACUUUAUUGGAUUGGAAGCCCCUUUAAACCCCAGGACCACUAGAUGGAAUGGUUAAGACAAUGUUCUAGCUAAUAUUAGGCUGCUUACUCCAGCUGCAAAAUUGGUGACCUCUGCAGUGUAGAGCCAAUAAAUGGACUUCACAAUUUUUAAAGAGGCAGGGGAAGUUUUAUCAAAACCUGUGUAAAGGAAGAGUGAUGCUUCUUUCAUUUUUUAAAAAGGCCUCUGAAAAAUAAAAAAGCAAUCUGAUGGGUUACUAUUCAUAACUGCACCACUCUUGGUCUACACACAUUUUCCCCUGAUCUGCUGUAGAUGACCUAUUUUAUAUGAAUGGAACAUAGGGGAGUUCCUGCUUGGAAGCCCCUUUAUUAUCCUUUUAGCUCCUUAGAGUGGUCCUGCCUUCAGAAGUCCUGCCUCAUCCUUAAUUACAUGCAUGGUCUGGUCAUUUCACUGCCCAUUGUCUAUUGUUGCAGGGAACAUUUGCUGGCCACCAGCCUCGGCCAUUUUUGCCAAUCCUCUACCAUGAUCGGCACUUCACCUGUGACCAUUCAUAUAAACAGUUGUCUAAACUCAGAAGCCCUUAAAUAUAGUUAGUGUAUUGGAGUAAAUUAGGUUUGUUGAGAUGAACUUGUACAUUGUGACAUGCAAUAUGGUCCUGUGGCAGAUUAUCAUAGCACAAGGUAUACAUAUAGUGGGGAUCAAAAGUUUGGGCACCCCAGGUAAAAAUUUGUAUUAAUGUGCAUAAAGAAGCCAAGGAAAGAUGGAAAAAUCUCCAAAAGGCAUCAAAUUACAGAUUAGACAUUCUUAAACUAUGUCAACAAAAGUUAGAUUUUAUUUCCAUCAUUUACACUUUCAAAAUAACAGAAAACAAAAAAAUGGCAUCUGCAAAAGUUUGGUCACCCUGCAGAAUUUAUAGUAUGCACUGCCCCCUUUGCAAAGCUGAGACCUGCCAGUGUCAUGAAUUGUUCUCUAUCAUCAUCUGGGAAGACCAGGUGAUGUCAAUCUCAAAGGUUUUAAAUGCCCUGACUCAUCUGACCUUGCCCCAACAAUCAGCACCAUGGGUUCUUCUAAGCAAUUGUCUAGAAAUCUGAAACUGAAAAUAGUUGACGCUCUCAAAGCUGGAGGAGGCUAUAAGAAGAUAGCAAAACGUUUUCAGAUGUCAAUAUCCUCUGUUCGGAAUGUGAUUAAGAAAUGGCAGUCAUCAGGAACAGUGGAAGUUAAAGCAAGAUCUGGAAGACCAAGAAAAAUAUUAGACAGAACAGCUCGCAGGAUUGUGAGAAAAACAAUUCAAAACCCACGUUUGACUGCACAAUCCCUCCAGAAAGAUCUGGUAGACACUGGAGUUAUAAAGAGAUACUUGUACAAAUAUGGUCUUCAUGGAAGAGUUAUCAGAAGAAAACCUCUUCUAAUUCCUCACCACAAAAAUCAGCGUUUGAACUUUGCAAAUGAACAUAUAGACAAGCCUGAUGCAUUUUGGACCAAUGAGGUUAAAAUUGGACUUUUUGGCCGGAAUGAGCAAAGGUACGUUUGGAGAAGAAGGGGAACAGAAUUUAAUGAAAAGAACCUCUGUCCAACUGUUAAGCAUGGGGGGGUGGAUCAAUCAUGCUUUGGGGUUGUAUUGCAGCCAGUGGCAUAGGGAACAUCUCACGAGUAGAAGGAAGAAUGGAUUCAAUAAAAUUUCAGCAAAUUUUGGAUGCUAACUUGAUGCCAUCUGUGAAAAAGCUGAAGUUAAAGAGAGGAUGGCUUCUACAAAUGGAUAGUGAUCCUAAAAACACCUGGAAAUCCACAGGGGAUUACAUCAAGAGGCGUAAACUGAAGGUUUUGCCAUGGCCUUCACAAUCUCCUGACCUCAACAUAAUUGAAAAUCUAUGGAUAGACCUUAAAAGAGCAGUGCAUGACAGACAGCCCAGAAAUCUCAAAGAACUGGAAGACUUUUUUUUAAGGAAGAAUGGGCAAAGAUACCUCAAACAAGAAUUGAAAGACUCUUGGCUGGCUACAAAAAGCGUUUACAAGCUGUGAAACUUGCCAAAGGGGGCAGUACAAGAUACUAAAUGGGUAUUCCAGGUAAAAACUUUUUUUUUUUUUUUUUAUCAACUGGUGCCAGAAUGUUAAACAGAUUUGUAAAUUACUUCUAUUAAAAAAUCUUAAUCCUUUCAAUAAUUAUCAGCUGCUGAAGUUGAGUUGUUGUUGUUUUCUGUCUGGCAACAGUGCUCUCUGCUGACAUCUCAGCUUGCCUCGGGAACUGCACAGAGUAGAAGAGGUUUUCUAUGGGUAUUUGCUUCUAAACUGGGCAGCUCCCGAGACAGGUGUCAUCAGAGAGCACUUAGACAGAAAAGAACAACUCAACUUCAGAAGCUCAUAAGUACAAAAAGGAAUAAGAUUGUUUAAUAGAAGUAAUUUACAAAUCUGUUUAACUUUCUUGAGCCAGUUGAUAUAUAUAAAAAAAAAAGUUUUUUCCUGGAUAACCUCUUUAACUCUGCAGGGUGCCUAAACUUUUGCAGAUGCCAUUUUUUUGUUUUCUGUUAUUUUGAAAGGGUAAAUGAUGGAAAUAAAAUCUAACUUUUGUUGACAUAUUAUAAGAAUGUCUAAUCUGUAAUUUGAUGCCUUUUGGAGAUUUUUCCAUCUUUCCUUGGCUUCAUUAUGCACAUUAAUACAAAUUUUUACCUGGGGUGCCCAAAAUGUUGAUCCCCACUGUACAUUCUUCAUCCCACACUAUCUGGCUGCAGACACUCCAGAUCAACACUCAGGGGCACACUUAAAGGGGUACUCCGCUGCUCAGCGUUUGGAACAAACUGUUCCGAACACUGGCGCCGGGAGCUCGUGACAUCAUAGCCCCGCCCAAUCAUGACUUCACACCCCGCCACCUUAAUGCAAAUCUAUGAGAGGGGGCGUGACAGACGUCACGCCCCCUCCCAUAGACUUGCAUUGAGGGGGCGGUGGCGUGAUGUCAUGAGGGGGCUAUGACGUCACGAGCUCCUGGUGCCGGCUCCAGCAUUCGGAACAGUUUGUUCCAAACGCUGAGCAGUGGAGUACCCCUUAAUGCAGAACAUUUGUCCAAAACCUUUAUUUACCAUUUCCUCAAUGUCAGUAACGUGAACCCAGGAAGCCCUUCACACCGGAGUGUGUUCCAUUUACUGCUAUUAUUAUGUUAUGAAGCAAGACUCCAAGCUAUUUUCCCCCCAUAUCACACACACUUACCAUCUAUGCGUUUCAUAUUUGGUCAGGUGAUCACCAGUCUGACCCAAAGAAAAUUACAUGGCUUAAUGCGCCAAAAGGAAGUCAGUCUUGGGUCAGCUGACUUCCUGUAAUCUACAGGGUGACAGAUCCCUCCUACUAGCUUACAGACACCUCCUCUUCCAGUUCUAUCUGUAUACUGCUGCUACCUCUAUAGCAUCAGAAUAUAGAGUAGAUAUACACCUUAUCUGUGUUUAUAACUGUUUUUUCUGUUUUUGCUGUGGUUUUCCCCAAAUAGAGGGGAAAAAGGUAAUUUUUGGAAAAUCCUAGGAGAAACAGUCCAAAUGCAGUCAAACCACUUUCACUUCGUGGAUAUAUUUGUAAUAAAAAUAAAUAAAUAAAUAAAACACACUGUAAGAAAACUCAUUAAGGGUAGGGUUAAGGGCUGCUCCACAAUGUCUGAGUGGACUCGGUGACUUGCAGGUCCCCUGUGUGGCUGCUCCUAGUGGCGGACUGCCGCUGAGAGCAGGCCGAGGGUGAAUCGUGGCGGGGCAACAGGAGGGGCAACUUCUGGAGGUACAAAAUGGGUCAGGUCAACACAUAAUGUCAACUGACCUUUACUUACCCUGGGUGAACUCCAACACCUGCAGCCCGAUUAGAUCACCAGGUGCAGUGAUCAAACCCCACUUACAAUCUAUCUGUACAGCCAGAGAAUGGGAAAUGCAGGCAGCAUUAUCAAGUCCUUUCAGUGAUGGAAUGUAACCAGUAUGGCUGAAAUCUCAUGCCUGUGAUAUCAGCUAAAACAGACAAGCACAAGGCAUACACAAGAACUUCUACAUUAUUCCCUAAUAAUAGUAUUUGCUGCACUAUAUAAGCAAAAAACUUGAUGUUUACACACUUUUUCCCACUUUACUUUUAUUUUUAUUUUUAAUCCACAGGUGCCAGAAAGUUAAACAGAUUUCUUUUCUUUCUUUUCUUUUUGAAUUUCCUUUCUAUCUGACCACAGUGCUCUCUGCUGCCACUGUCCAGAGCAGGAUAGGUUUGCUAUGGGGAUUUGCUGCUACUCUGGACAGUUCCUAAAAUGGACAGAGGUGUCAGCAGAGAGCACAGACAGAAAGGAAAUUCAAAAAAGAAAAGAAUUUCCACUGGGACAUACAGCAGCUGAUAAGUACUGGAAGGAUUAAGAUUUUUAAAUAGAAGUAAUUUACAAAUCUGUUUAACUUUCUGGCACCAGUUGAUUUAAAUUUUUUUAUUCCAGUAGAGUACCCCUUUAAGGACCUUUUUUCAUUACAGAAUCUCCAACUGGAGAUAUUUCAGAGGGAGAUUCGGACUCGAGACAGCACCAGCAAGCUGACAGUAGGACCUCUUAGAAAACCCCAUCUCAAUAGACGAUAAUGCAUUUUCGAGUUAAAGGGGUAUUCCGGCUUUAGACAUUUUAUCCCCUAUCCAAAGGAUAGGGGAUAAGAUGUCUGAUCGCUGGGGGCCCGCCACUGGGACCCCCGCAAUCUCCCUGCUGCACCCGCAUUAUGUGCGGAGCUGCGUCUCCAGGCCCACCUCGUCACGCCCCCUCCCUUCAUGUCUAUGGGAGGGGGCGUAACGGUGACAAGGGGGCGUGGCAUUACGUCUCCAGUCCCAAAAACUUCUGAUUUCCUCCCACGAUCAGACCUCUUAUCCCCUAUCUUUUAGGGGGAAUUAGGGGAUAAAAUGUCUAAAGCUGGAAUACCCCUUUAAUUCUGCCAAAAGAAUGAGGAUUCUGGGGUCCAGAAUUUCUGCUGCGGAAUGGCCACAGUAGAAUUUCUGUAGUGUGAAUGGGGCAGCAGAAUCUCAUUGAGAACAAUGGAAGGCUGCAGCACUGUGUUUUCCAAGUGGAAUUCUGGAGCGGAAUUCUGCUCAGAAAAUCCAUAGUGUGCAUAAGCCCUAAAAAUCAGCAUUUAAAGGAGAUCUGUAGUGUAAUAUAACUUAUCCCCUAUCCGAAGGAUAGGGGAUAAGUUAUAGAUCGCGGGGUGUCCCAGUGCUGGGGCCCCCCAGGAUCUCCUGGACGGGGCCACAGCAGUAUGCUGGAAAGGGGGCGUUCCAUCCCCACGUGGCGCUACGGCCGACACGCCCCCUCCAUGUACCCCAUAGAGAUACAUGGAGGGGGCGUGUCUGCCGUGGAUUUCUGCUUGGGACGAAACUUCACUUCCUGCAGACUGCCGCGGCCCCAUCCAGGAGAUCCCUGGGGGCCCCAGCGAUAGGGGAUAAAUUAUUUUGCGCUGGAAUACUCCUUUAAAACACUGUUCCUCAACCUGUGGCUAUCAAUCUGUUGCUAAAUUAACAUCUCCCACAAUUUGUUAUGGGAUUUGAAGUUUUAGCUGUCAGGGUAUAAUGGGAAUUGUAGUUUUGCAACAGCUGGAGAGCUGAGGUUGGGGAACGCUAAUUUAAUAAAAGUACAAUGAAAAACCAACUGAAUGUUUUGUUUCUUUGCAAAAUUUGUGACGUAAGCCAUAUGUCUCAAGACCAUGCAGCAUAUUCACUCCAAACUGAAAUACAGCAAGAACAGAUACAAUUGAUGCAUUAGUGAUAACAUUUCUUGUACCACUACAUGUAUGCUUUCACAGUACGUAUUGGCCCACUGUUCCUGCACUGUUCCUGGCCCCUUCAGUUGAAGACAAAGCUACACUACUAUUAAACUAAAUGUUUUUCCAAAAACAACCAGUUAACUUUUUGCUAUUUUAAUGGUGUACUGUGAGUGUAGCAUGUUCAUGGUUUGUAAUGAAUGUGUAAUUUCCAAAUUAGUAAUUACUAUCCUUUUCGGAUAAUUUUAAUGUAUAAAUAUAUAAUUUUUACACUUAGGAGCCCAUGUUUUUCUGUACACAAAAUAUGGAUAAAAUUUUAAUGUACAUUUUACACUAAACUAAUUGAACUAAAGGCUUACGAGAAGCAGAUGAGCCAUUUACAGUGUUCUAAUAGUGCCAAACUUGUUAACUAACUGCAAUUCUGUGUUCAUGUCCAGAAAUCUGUGGAUUUAACAGCUUUAUGUGUUUAGUAAGAAAUAAAAUGUAUUUGUAAGUUUA